UGGAGUAAAUCCAGGAAUAUAAAGCCUUUGUCCGGCUACAGCGAGCACAGCGCAGCCACGCCGUUAUAUCCGAGAAACCAACACCGUUACACCAAGUAAUCAUGAGGGAGAUUGUUCAUAUCCAAGCCGGCCAGUGCGGUAACCAGAUCGGUGCCAAGUUCUGGGAGGUGAUCAGCGAUGAACACGGCAUCGACCCAACAGGAACCUACCAUGGGGACAGCGACCUGCAGCUCGACAGAAUCAGCGUCUACUAUAAUGAGGCUACAGGAGGUAAAUAUGUGCCCCGAGCUAUUCUAGUUGAUCUGGAGCCUGGCACCAUGGACUCAGUCCGCUCUGGACCCUUUGGACAGAUCUUCAGACCCGACAACUUUGUGUUUGGUCAGAGUGGCGCUGGUAAUAACUGGGCUAAAGGCCACUACACAGAGGGAGCAGAGCUGGUGGAUUCUGUCCUGGAUGUGGUGCGUAAGGAGUCUGAGAGUUGCGAUUGCCUUCAGGGCUUCCAGCUCACCCACUCGCUGGGUGGCGGCACUGGAUCUGGUAUGGGCACACUGCUCAUCAGCAAGAUCCGGGAGGAGUAUCCCGACCGCAUCAUGAACACCUUCAGCGUGGUACCUUCUCCUAAAGUGUCUGACACAGUGGUGGAGCCCUACAACGCGACACUCUCUGUCCAUCAGCUGGUGGAGAACACAGAUGAGACAUACUGCAUUGACAACGAAGCUCUGUACGACAUCUGCUUCCGCACUCUGAAACUUACCACUCCCACUUACGGCGACCUGAACCACCUUGUCUCUGCUACCAUGAGUGGCGUCACCACGUGCCUCCGCUUCCCUGGGCAGCUCAAUGCUGACUUGCGCAAGUUGGCCGUCAACAUGGUGCCCUUCCCACGUCUGCACUUCUUCAUGCCUGGUUUCGCACCUCUUACCAGCAGGGGAAGCCAGCAGUACCGUGCACUCACUGUGCCCGAGCUCACACAGCAGGUAUUUGAUGCCAAGAACAUGAUGGCUGCCUGUGAUCCACGCCAUGGUCGUUACCUGACCGUAGCCGCCGUCUUCCGUGGCCGCAUGUCCAUGAAGGAGGUAGAUGAACAGAUGCUCAACGUGCAGAACAAGAACAGCAGCUACUUCGUAGAAUGGAUCCCCAACAACGUCAAGACAGCCGUGUGUGACAUCCCACCACGCGGUCUCAAGAUGGCCGUCACCUUCAUCGGUAACAGCACAGCCAUCCAGGAGCUGUUCAAGCGCAUCUCUGAGCAGUUCACUGCCAUGUUCCGACGCAAGGCCUUCCUGCACUGGUACACCGGAGAAGGCAUGGAUGAGAUGGAGUUCACUGAGGCUGAGAGCAACAUGAAUGACCUGGUGUCCGAGUACCAGCAGUACCAGGAUGCUACAGCUGAAGAAGAGGGAGAGUUUGAAGAGGAAGCUGAGGAGGUCGCCUAAGAAGCAGAAGAUUGAGAGUGGGGAGGGGAGUGGGAGCAGGAUUCGAAAGGGAGUAGUGGUAUUUAAGGGGGAGAAAAAUGUAGCACAGCACAUGCGGAAUCAACCGUACGUGUCUUGAAGUUAAAGUUAGCACUAGACAAAUGGGGCCAAAACAACCAGAGGAGUCUUGAACAAAUGUUCUUGAGCACAGAACAAAAACACUAGUAGUAAUAGUUCUUCAUUACAAAUCUACUUUUUCUUUUUAAACGUACCAAUGUCUUCACUCCCUCGCUAUUCACAGCAGAAAAGGUAUGAUGUGGCCUAUUUUCCUUUACCCAGAUUAAGUUUAGUCCUACCCUAGAAAAGAUUUUCAGUGGAGAAAUCACUGACACUAGUUUUAAAUCUGUGUUUGGGAAACCAUCCAUAUUGAUCUGGCCAAUAAGCUAAUUGCUGUGCAAACUGGAUAAUACAAGAUAAAUAUACACAUGUCCAAAAAUGAAGCUGUGAUGGAGAUGGGGGGAAGGUUCCCUAAUGGUGAUACGAGUGUUCAGACCCAUAGUUUAUUUUAUUUUUCUUUUUUUUCUCUUUCAUUUUAAACUCUUGUUUUGCUGUUUAAACAGUCACAGGAAACGUGAAAAGCCCUGAACAGAUUCAAGUCAUGAUUCUAAAAGUGUUUGUGUAUUCCUCCUAAUGUGAGUGUUGCACUACAAUGGGACGAAUUUGCACAAUGAUGCCACUUCAACAUGUCCUCAUUCACAGUAUUCAGUCAAAUGGUUUACAAAGAGUGAGAGCGUUUUAUGGAAUGAUGGAAGGAAAAUCAGAAGUGCAGGAACAAGGAUGAGAUUCAAAUUGAGAGCGCUGUUCAGUCUUCCUGCCUGGACGCCAACCAACGUCUGCAGAGGGAAAGCCUGGAUGGCAUUAGUGGUACAGGAAUGUAGAACGGAUCAUGCGGGAAAACUUGAACUUUAAAAAGACAGAUUUUAGAAAGUUUACAAGAAGGCACUACAAUUUUUGACAUGAAUCUAGAGAACGUGUGUCCUGUAUCUGAGCCCAAAGCUUUUUAAACUUGUUUUUAGCAUGUUUUGUUUCUUUUUCAUCAUGAGGUGUUAAGAAUGUCCCUUACAUUUUAUACUUCGAUUUCCUAAUGGAAGGACCUGAGCCUCUGGGGGGAAAAAAACAAUAAAAUAAACAUGAAACA